CUGUUCGAAGUUAAGUUGCAAUCGUUUGCUACAGGGAACAAGUAAAUCUUCUAAGGUUCUUCUUUGAUGAGAGGUUGCAAUGCAUCUUGCUAAAUAUUCAAUACUGAUUUUGUUACUACUUGCUAUCAAACUAUGUAGUGGCAAUGAUCAGGCCACUGAUUCCCCGUCAUCGCUUGACAACAAUAUAAACAGCAAUCUAAAUCAUCAGAAGGGAAGACGAAAGUCAUGUCCACCUGCUGAAGUGCCAAAGCCAACUCCUACAGAAGCCCCAGAGCCACCUCCAACUGGUUUACGAACCCUUGAAACCAUUAACGAUUGUCUGGCUCUAUCUGAUGGUACUUUCCUCGUUGACGGCCGCCAUUGUCGACGCUACUAUAUCUGCCAAAAACAACGUGUUGAACGUCUUCGUUGUUCCAUUGAUCAAUGGUUCGACCGUGAUAUUUCAAAAUGUAUGGACCGCAAUUUGGUAACCAACUGUCCAAGCAACAGGUCCUAAUUCCCCUUUAUGACUCACCGUCAUCGAAUUCCCCAAACAGUAGGUGAUGUAUUAUAUUGGCAAGGAUGGUAAAUACAUGAUAAAAAUAAAAAUUAUCUCAAGCAAGAA